CCCAAGUGUUGGUUUGGCAAGGGGGUAGGUGCAAAAAUAGUAGCAGUGGCUGUAUAGACACAGUUGAAACCCCGGUGGGGGUAGGCUAGUGUGGCCUAUCUGACCCGCCUGCAGGAAGUCCCUGAACCAGGAACUCAAACUUUAAAAAAUCAAAAACACCACCAUUCGUGACCUCAAAAAGCCGACGUCACCACAACAGCCCAAAAAUUAAGAUGCCCGGCCGACCAUGACUGGCAGCGACGCCAGCGGCCAAGACACCGUCAAUGGUGGCCAAGCCCAAGCCCAACCCCUCCUCGGCCCGGGCCUCCUGCCCGUGGUCGUCAUCCCCUCGGGCGACGGCGCGGACGGGGGGACUGGCCUGAAGCCGGCCCCGGCGGGCAGCGCCGCGACGACGGGCGCGUCGGCGGCGUCGGUGCGCGCCCUCACCUCCCAGGCCGUGGCGUUCUACUUCCGCGCCCCCGUCAAGGCCUUCUUCCGCACCCGCGUCGACUACCUCGCCUACGCGCGCACCCUCCAGGAGCAGCACCACCAGGCCGCGAUGGCGGCGGCGCGCGCGUCGGGGGCCGGGAUCGUCGCGGGCGCGCUGCGGUGGAUCAAGUCGCGGGCGCGGGCGACGACGCCGGGGGUGCUGGCCUCGGCGGUGCGGCACUACGGGUGGCGGGUGGUCCCGGACCAGGUGCUGCCGCCGCUGGUGGCCAACGUCGGGGUCGGGGCGGUGCUGUACACGUCGUACCUGCAAAUCCUGGGCCAGCUGCACGAGGAGAGCGGCCCGGCCAGCAGGCGCGUGUACCCGCCGCCGCAGCCGCUCGACGUGCUGGCGGCCGGGUUCCUGGCGGGGGGAAUCCAGAGCGUCGUCGCGGCGCCGCUGGACGCCGUGCAGGCCAGGUACGACCUCGGGAGCAGCGCGGCGGGGAUGACGGGGAGCGGGAACCCGGCUUCUGGGGCUGUCGGUGCGAACGGGAACGGGAUCGGGCGGCCGCAGAGCAUGUGGGCGUUCAGUUACGCCAAGCUGCGUGAGAUCGGUGUGCGGGGAAUCUUUGCCGGCUGGGGGCUGUCGUUCCUCAAGGACAGUAUGGGGAGUGCCGUUUUCUUCUGCACGUUCGAGUACAUGAAGGCGCAGUCAUACUACCGCUUUGUGACGUGGUACUACGGCUCGCUGAACGAGGACACCAUCGUCCUCCUGUCGCGGAAGCGGCCGUCGAAACAACCAGACAGGGAGUCGAUACAGGAUGAUUCCGGCACCGGCACCGGCAUGCCCACACUCAUCAAGCCGCACUACGCCAUCGAGCCGGCCUUCCUGCUACUGGCCGGCGUCAGCGCUUCGUUUGCCCAACAGGUCGCCAUCCACCCGCUCUCCCACGUCCAGGUCGAGCACUGGGAGCGCCUCGAGGUGCUCGACGCGCAGGUCCGGAAGCUCAGCCGCGAGCACGGGUCGGACGCGCCGAGGCAGAGGCUCAGGUGGCGCAUGGUCAGGGCAUAUUAUAACGCGUACCGGGAGACGUGGGCGCAGUGUGCGUCCGAGGCAGAGGCUGCGGGCAUCGGGCUGCGGAGGUGGCUAUACAGGGGGUUCUGGUGGAACACGAUCAGGCAGGUGCCCAGCACGAGCGCGGGGUUGAUCAUCUUUGAGCUGGUGCGGCGGAAGUAUGGGUUUGGAGGGGAUCAGGUUAGGAUCAACAGGGAUGGAUAUGAUAUUCUGCUUCACUAGAUCGUUCGACAGGGUCUGUCUGUCUGUCCGUCUGUUUGUCUACAAACGGGGGAUUGGCGUCUCGGCGUGCAUGGGCUGGCAUUUGGAUUGAUUGGUAUUUCUGAUCUGUAUAACCGUGUAGAAUUGCAUCUCAUUCCUCGAGAUAAAUAAAUAUAAUGGCCUUGUCAAAUACAGGGCAUGGCGGUUGGAGAUCCAUCCGGCGCGACAACUGAGGUGUUGCAUGGCUGUCUUGACCACGGCAGUCUCUGGUCUGCAAUUGCUCUCAUUUGCAGAGAAGAGAACACUGAAAUGGUCACAUUAUCUCCCCCGGUCUCUUGAUUCGCUGUUUUGUUGUUAUCGAAUGUAAUCUGUACUCCGUGAUCGCAAUACCACCCCGCAGUCGAUUGCAGUUGCACAAGUCCGAUUAUUUGCAAGAUUACCCCGCUAUUACGCCGAUCCGGCAAACCCGGUCCCU